AAAACAUCUCUUUUAUGUUCUGGCUGCUAAAAAAAAGAAAAGAAAAAAAGGAAUCCUGGGUGAAUAACAUCUGAAGUAACAUGGAGGAGCCUUUCCUCCUGUCCAUUUGUCUGGAUGGCGCAAGGGAUGAGAAAGCCUCUUGCGAGCCGCCCUGAACCUAGCUUACAUAUCGGAGCUUGCAAGCCCUAUAGCUAAUUGCGCUGACUUGUUGCUCCAUCCAACCUCACGGCUUGGAGUAGAGCCACAACAUACACGGGGCUUCUUCGCCUUUCUGGUUAAUUAGAUGGGGAAAGGGGGGGGGGAGAGAAAGAGAGAUGAAUGCGUGGCACCUGGCUGACAAUGGAUUAAGCCGCUAGAGAGACAAGGAGCCGGGCAGCCCGAGAUCCCUUCAAAGCUGAUACUGCCCGGUCUGCAUCCCUGACGCUUUUAUCAGUCGCUAACACCCAACGGCCUCUCUCGGCGCAGCAGCAAGCGCUUCCUCCUUACAACUGGAAGUCUGUGUAAUGGAGGGGAGGCAGCAGUCGCCACCGCCGCCAGAUGUCCAGCUUUCCAUCAUGGCUCGACCCAAGCAGCCCAGUCUGGAGCAAGUCAAACAUAUAAAGUGCUUUUCUGAAGAGCAGUUUGAAGUUUAGAAAGGGCAGUUUUUGUACUAAUCCUUCAUUUGUGCUGACAUCAUCAGGACUCAUCUUACACCAGCAACUCAGAAUUCACAUUUAAAAGAGAACAAACUCCAAAUCUUAAGUGGUUGUACAGCAGCACCAAGAUUCUCAACUGUUUUGAGGGUGCGUAUUUGCCCUUUCAAUACACAGCAAUGGCAGCAGUUAUGAGCUUGGGAAAGAUUGCUGAAAAUGGCAGUAUGGCAUCUCAAAAUGUCAAGUCCCCGUCAAAAUCUCUUACUCCUAGUCGGAUUGGCAGGAGAAACCAGGAAACAAAAGAUGAGAAGUCUUCCUACAUCUGCCCUCUGUGUGAAAAGAUCUGCACUACCCAACAUCAGCUGACUAUGCAUAUUCGUCAGCAUAACACUGACACUGGAGGAACAGACCAUUCCUGCAGCAUCUGUGGAAAGUCUUUGAGCUCUGCAAGCUCCCUCGAUCGCCACAUGCUAGUGCAUUCUGGGGAGAGGCCUUAUAAAUGCUCAGUAUGCGAUCAGUCCUUCACCACCAAUGGAAACAUGCACAGACAUAUGAAAAUCCACGAGAAGGAUGCAACGGGUGCCACAAGUACAACCCCUGUCUCUCCACUGAAACGCAGGCGCUUGUCCACCAAACGAAAACUCAGUCAUGAGGCCGAAGCCGACAAGGAAGAGCAGAGUCCAGCAAAGAAGGUUGUGGAGGAACCACAAAAUGGUGAAACUGAAAAAAGGGCUGAUGAAAUUUAUCGAUGUCCAGUCUGUUUCAAAGAAUUCUCCUGCAAGUAUGGGUUGGAAACCCACAUGGAAGUACAUCCAGAUACCUCAUUGAGGUGUGAUGUCUGCUGCAUUACCUUCCGCACACACCGGGGGUUGUUGCGGCAUAAUGCAGUUAUUCAUAAACAACUUCCAAAGGACUCAACUGGAAAGCCUUAUAUUCAGAACAAUCCUUCAAUUCCUGCCGGCUUCCAUGAUUUGGGCUUCACGGACUUUUCUUGUAGGAAAUUUCCUCGCAUUUCUCAGGUUUGGUGUGAAACAAACCUGCGGAGAUGCACCAGUGAUUAUCAUCGCUAUAUCUGUGAUGUAUGCAACAAGGCAUUCCCCAUGCUCUCAGCGCUCAAGCUGCACAAAGACACCCACGCAACCGAUCAGGGAAGAGAAGUGCACAACCUGCACUCAGAGGACGCAGACCUAAAAGCUUACAUGGCAUCCUUGGGGCUGCAGCAUACCAAAGACAUUGAAUCUGUCAAGCAGGAGGAUCUUGUGCUAGAUGAUGAGGUCCAAGAAAUGCAGCUACGAACACUGAAAUGUAACCUACCUCAGGAACCUGGAAGUGAUAACCAGUUGAACCUAUCCCCUCUGGAGGGUGCUUCUGUGGGAGGCCCCUUUUCAGUCCUUCCCCCUACAAAAGAAAAUAUGAAGCUACUCUCACUACAGCCUUUCCAGAAAGGCUUCAUAAUCCAGCCUGACAAUAGCAUUGUUGUUAAACCCAUUUCUGGUGAAUUAGCAGAUAUCCAGCAGAUCCUAAAGAUGGCGUCCUCAGCGACUCCACAAAUCAGCCUCCCACCGCUGUCUAAGGCAUCUCAUAUCCCCAUCCCAUCCAUAUUCAAACAUAUGCCUCCAUUAAAGCCAAAGCCAUUGGUAGCCCCUAGGACCGUUGUAGCAAGUUCAACACCACCUCCAUUGGUCAACACUCAGCAAGCCUCGCCAGGAUGUAUCAGCCCAAGCCUUCCUCCAGUACCACCCAAAAUGGUCAAAACCCCAGACCAAGAAUCAACUUCAGAUUCUUCCCUCACACACAAUAAAUCCAGAACAAACUCCAGUCCUUCUCCCCAGGCUAAGCCGGAAUCUUUGGGUCAACAUGAAAUGAAAACUCAGCUGGAGCAAGACAGCAUCAUAGAAGCCCUUUUGCCUUUGACAAUGGGGACAAAAAUAAAACAGGAGGUGACCGAGCGAGACUUCAAGGCCAUCAUGACUGGAACCCCAAACAAGAAAACCCCAGCUAUGAGGAAAGUUUUGUAUCCAUGCCGUUUUUGUGAGCAAGUGUUCCCGUUCUCUGGAGUCUUAAGAGCUCAUAUCCGUUCUCACUUAGGUAUCUCCCCUUAUCAGUGUAACAUCUGUGACUACAUUGCAGCCGACAAGGCAGCACUGAUCCGGCACUUGAGGACGCACAGUGGGGAGAGGCCGUACAUCUGCAAGAUCUGCCACUACCCUUUCACGGUGAAAGCCAACUGCGAAAGGCACCUGCGCAAGAAACACCUCAAAACAACUAGAAAGGAGAUCGAGAAGAAUAUUGAGUAUGUGGCCAGCAAUGCGGCCGAGAUGGUCGAUGCUUUCUGCUCCCCAGACACGGUGUGCAAAUUCUGCGGGGAGGACCUUAAACAUUACCGUGCCCUCCGUGUCCACAUGAGGACACAUAGCAGCUGCCAGAAGAAGAAGCCAUUUGAAUGUAAGGAGUGCGGCACUGCCUUCUCAGCCAAGCGGAACUGCAUUCAUCAUAUCCUCAAGCAGCAUUUGCACAUCCAGGAGCGGGAGAUCGAGAGCUAUGUGCUGGCCGUGGACUGCACUCCUCCAGAAAGCCAGCCUGACCCUGUGUUACUGGAAGAAAGCACUUAUCUGGAUUGCAAAUCUGUGUCACCUUUCCUAGAAUCGCAGAAUGGCUUUUUAAGGGGGGCUCCCUCUCAUGCAUCGAUCAAACUUGAAACUGCAAAUAACUUCCAGAUGGAUUUUGAUGAGCCUUUAGAUUUCUCACAAAAGAACAAAACCCUGAAUUCUGUACUGGUCAAGCAAGAGAACCCAUUCGGGUCCUCUCUCUACGACAGUUCCAUGGAGCCCAUUGAUCUGUCAAUUCCCAAGCCUCCAAAAAAGGACAGUGAUGAGGGUAGAAUGAGUGAGGAUAAGAAGCAAGAGCUCCAUGAUGGUCACGACGAGAAACUGCAAGGCUGUCUACCGCCUCCUCCAGCUAACGGCAACCUGGAAAACACAGCUCUCAGACAUUCCCAACCACUGAAGGGACCACUUCAUUUGACUGUCCCAAUAAUUUCUCCAGGACUCUUGGGGAACUCGGUUUUGCUGAGGCCUUUGAGGCCCAAACCGCCGCUUCUCCUCCCAAAACCUCUCGCAACGAAAGAGCUGCCACCCCUCGCUUCCAUUGCACAGAUUAUUUCAUCUGUGGCUUCUGCUCCGGCUUUGCUCAAAGCAGAAGUCUCAGACUCUGUCCCCAAGGUGGCCAUUGGCAGCUCUACCACCUCUGAAAAGUUAGGAAGUCCCAGUCCUAAAGCAACUCUCCUAGCCGCUAUCCAGACAGAUACUAACACUCCCAGUGACUUAACGAAGAGCACCAGCAGUCCAACGGGGUCCCAGAAAUCCUCGAAGUCUGGAUCGGUAAAGAAAAGAGGCAGAAAGAAAGGCACGAAAAACAAGCCCAAAGCAAGCAGCGGUCUGGACUUGGAAUCAAGUGGGGAGUUUGCCAGCAUAGAGAAAAUGCUGGCAACCACAGACACCAAUAAAUUUAGCACAUUUCUACAAUCGACUGCAGACUUUAAAGAAGCGGCUGAUAAAAACGGAGCUAGCGAGGAAGAGAGAGAGGCUGUUGAAGACAAACUCCUGCGUGGAAAGCGAAAUGCCUACUCAAACUGCAUUCAGAAAAUCAAGUGCCCCCACUGCCCUAGAAUUUUCCCCUGGGCAAGUUCUUUGCAGAGGCACAUGCUCACUCAUACAGGUCAGAAGCCCUUCCCUUGUCAAAAAUGUGAUGCCUUCUUUUCUACCAAAUCUAACUGUGAACGCCACCUCUUACGCAAACAUGGAGUUGCCAACUACUGUCUGAGAAGAAACGGGCUUAUCCCCCAGUCUAAAGAAAGUGAUGCUGGAGCUCAUGAUAGCACAGAUAGUCAGUCUGAUCAAGAAAAUACAAGUGUGGGAAAUGAAGCACUCGACUUGACCUCUGGGGAGAGAGACCACCUAGAGGAAGCAACUGAGUUUCUAGAAGAACCUGAGUGCAGUCCCAAAGAAGAGGAGAAGAUGGAUUUAACCCAAGGCGAGGAGGCUGCACAAAGGAAAUUAAGUGAGGGGGAAGAUGAGCCAGAAGAAGAUUCAGUCAGCAACAGAAGCCUGGACCUCAAUUUUGCUAGCAAGUUCAUGGAAUUCAAGCUGGCUGAGAACGAUCAAAACCCAGGCAACGGGGCUCAGUCUGAAAAUAAACACACCUGUGAUACAUGUGGGAAAUCCUUCAAAUUUGCUGGUACUCUUAGCCGGCACAAAAAAGCCCAUGCACAUGACGACAGGAAAGAUGAAAAGAGCAGUGAGGAUGAAAGUAAACAUGUUCAAAGUGGAGACCAAGCCCACGUCCCUGUCAUUCAAGAGGACCCAUCUCUUGAACAGGAAGAGCCUGGAAAGGACAGUAAGCGUGUUGAGUCUCCCACAGAUGGUGAGGCAACAGGAAAGGAAAAUGAGGAGAGCGAAAGCAUCUCCGAGGAAGAGAGCACGGAAAGAAAAUCUUCUGAAAAGAGCGAUGAGGACCGGAAGCCAAAGCCUGGUGCGGGCACUAAGAGUGAAUCCAAAGCAGACAAAAGGAAGAAAGUCUGUACAGUGUGCAACAAGAGAUUUUGGUCUCUACAAGAUUUGACUCGGCAUAUGAGAUCCCACACAGGUGAGCGACCAUACAAAUGUCAAACCUGCGAACGGACCUUUACGUUGAAGCACAGCCUGGUUCGUCAUCAGCGCAUCCAUCAGAAGGUAAAAAGUGCCAAGAAUCACGAGAAGGACAGUGAUAGAGAAGACACCCGUUCACGAGGGGAAGAAGACAGUGAGAACGAGUCUCUCCCCAGCAGCACAAACCCCAUCUCGGAAAACGAGGGCGAUGCCCUCGUGGGGCCUGGAAGCCAUUCUCCAGUGACCAGGAGCCGCAAAGAAAGCAUGGCCAACGCCACCAAGGAUCACACUUGUAAGGAAGAUAAGCCAGCUGGGAAAGCCUCAAGUUUAGGCCUUGCCGAGCCAAGCAAGAACGUGCCGAAAUCGACAGCGAAAGAGCAGGAGUCUCGAGGAAAGGCUGAUCGGGAGAGCUCCUCUGACUUCAUUCAGGACUUGCUGGAGAUCCAGAACAAGAAAUCCUCCAUGAGUCAUAUCCUCGCCUCUGCAGAGAGUGGGCCUCAGCUCUUGGAAGUUGAAUGACAGCUAUGGCUUCAGCGGCACCCCAGCAACCUGAUCCAGGACACGGGAUUAAAGUUGACAGAGCAAGCUUUCCUUUGCUGCUUUGUGUCAACCUGCUGUGGUGACCCAGGAGUGGGCGAUGGGUGGAUGGGAUCGGGGAGGAUGUAUGGCAGUCUGGAUUCAGUGCCAUAAACCCUUCAGUAUAAAUAAUGCAAAAGACUACAAUUAUAUACUGGUCUGAGUGCCUUACUACUUUAUUAGGUCUUUUGGUAUCGUAGAUAUUUUUUAAAACAAAUUAGAUGAUUUUUUUU